AUGAACGAAAGAAAUGUUUUGCAGGCAAUAAAGAGGCUGCAAACAGUGGAUAUCAGUGAAGAGCUCGAUUUCUUCUCCUACGAGCAAUUUUAUGUGAUAUAUUACAAAUUUCACUCACUGGAUACAAACAAUAAAAAAUGCUUAACGCCUUCUGACCUUUCCCUCUAUUCGAAUGGUGCUUUGACAAAAAUGGCGAUUCGACGAAUCUUUUCGGAUGCGAUUUUACGCAACAGUAGGAGAAGGGUUACUAUGGAUUACACUGGAUUUGUUCAAUUUUUGAUGGCAGAGCAGACAGUGCUUGAUUACAAUCAUUUGGCUGCAGAGUUACAUUAUUUGCCUGACUUUAGUAUUGAGUAUUGGUUUCGAGUGAUGGAUUUAAAUGGGGAUGGACGUAUUUCAUUCGAUGAGAUGUCAAUUUUUUAUAAAGAAAUCAUCGAAUACGUGAUCAGAGCAGACACAGAACCAAUUUUCUUCGAUGAUGUCGUAAACAUGGUAAUGUCAAUAGCUUAA